UUUUUUUCUUCUUUUCGUACAUGGCACGGUGAGCGAGGGAGAGGGGUUUUCGGUUUCAUAGUUCCUGAUUUUUUCCUUCAGAAUUUCGUAUCAGAAUGGGAGGUUGCGACGUCGCCGAUGGCGGAGAGGGUUCGAGCAUCGAUGCCGGAGGCGAGGCGACGGUGAACAUCCAGUGCUUGAACGGCUCGAAGUUCGUUGUUCAGGUGAACUUGAACGCUGUUGUUCAGGUUUUCAAGUCAAUCAUUGCUCAGCACUGCGAAAUUCCGGCUCACCAGCAGCUUUUGAUCUACAAAGGACUCAUACUGAGGGGCGAUCGAACGCUUCAAAGCUAUGUUAUCUCACAGUCAUUGUUCUCUUGCUUGCUUGUAUACUUAAGUUUGUGCACAUUGACAAGCUAUGCCUGUCUUGAGGAAGAUCACACUGUUCACUUAGUUCAAGGUCUUUCCUCAGAUGCACCGUCACAUAGUGCAGCCACAAGCCAUGCUGGAGUCAAAAGUACGAAUUCAACAGGUGAUGUUGAUUCUGAAGGAGGUUCGCCACUCGGAGGUUUCGGUCUUGGAUCUUCAUUUCUUUCUACACUGCUGAACGGAUCAGGAAACGGCAGUGGUUUAUUUGGACUUCCAAUUCCUGACAUGCUCACCCAAAACCCUAACAUGAUUCGGGCUAUUUUGGAUGCAUACCAGAUAUUGAGCUCGACAAUCAGUCCCGAAACCAUGCACGAUUUGAUCAUGAACGGUUCACGUGUGCGUGAGUUUAUGGAUCGUAACCCAGAACUUGUGCACAUAGUUAACGAUCCUGAGACCAUCCGUAAAACCAUGGCUGCUGCACAAAACCAAGAAUAUAUGCGUAAAACUUACAGGGAAUUGAGCAACAUUGAGUCCUCCCAGUGGAUGUAUGAGAAUGUACAGCGGCCCUUACUUAAUUCAUUCAUCAUGGCUGGUGACAUUAUGUCUGGCUUGGUAGCUCAAGUUGGCGGACAAGGUGGAGUUCAAACGGCUAGUUUAGCAUCUCCUGGACCUGAAACAACAACUAACUCUGCUUCUCCGAAUACGAGCCCACUUCCCAACCCUUGGGCCUCUGGUGAAAGUGUUCUGUCAAAUCCUAUCGGCAAUGCAAGACCUAUUUCAGCAGGUGGCCUAACAGGAAAUGGUGUCCCUGAUUUGGAGCAUCUGCUGGGUUCGAUAUCAGAAAUUACCACUAUUGAUCAAUUAAUGGGAAAGGAGAACAUUUCUCAGAUGAUGCGCAGUCUUUUAUCCAGUCCCCAGCUCAUGAAUCAGAUUCUUGUCAGCAAUCCAUCUCUAAGGAGCAUGCUUGAUUCCAGUCCUCAGCUUAGACAUACUAUGCAGAAUCCUGAAUUUAUUCGUCUAGUAACUUCGCCCGAGAUGAUGCAGGUAAUUCGGACCAUUUUCCAGUACUCAUCUUUACUUCUCCGUCUUGGCGCAUCUGGGCUGAAGUAUAAUUUCAUGUAUAUGAUAUAUCCUCCGUUGUUGAUCACAUUGGAAACUCGAACAGGCGGUAACAUUGCAUUAAAUAUGCUACUGAACAUGUUCGCUAUUUGUGGAAGUUUUGAUGGCAUUAGAAGCAGUCUUUUCGAAGAAUCCCAAGCGUCUUCUGAAGAGAUAUACAGCACUCAACUCUCCGAGUUACAGGAGCUGGGUUUUACUGAUACCCAAGAAAAUAUUCAGGCACUGAUUGCAACUGCUGGGAACGUUCAGGCUGCAGUCGAACGCCUUCUGGAAAAUCGUGAUCGUUAACAGCAUUAUGGAAAGAUGGAAUCGUAGAUUUGGGAAAAACUGGAUCAAACAAAUUUGUAGUGUUUUGUUUCUUUGGCACAAGUACUAGCCGAGAAAAGGAGAAUGUAACUGAAAAACGGAAAACGGAAGAUGAUGGUAUCUCAAAUGCUCGCAAAUACAGUGUGAAGUUUCUGACCCAAAAAAGAAAAAUGGUAUCUAAAAU